CAUUCCCACAACACAGCACACGAAAAGUGUAAUUGGUAUCAAUAGACUCGGUCAACUAUUAGUUAUAUCAUGAUGUUGUGCCAUCCCAAGUGUAUAAGUGGUUGUUGACCCUGAUCAAUUGUUUGUGUCGAAAUAUCAAACCCUAUAUUACAGUUAUGAUUAUUCAAGUAAAGGUAAGCACUAACUGGUCUUACUUGGUUAGGUUCACAACAGCUUUUAUUAUGCAGUGCUGUCAACUAUUGUGUAUUACGUCUCAAUUUUUUGCACACGACAAAGAGCAUUUUAGCUGCGUAAGUUCUUUAGAUCUGACGAAAUAUUCCCAUAGUCUCGAUUUUAUAUCACCAUGUUAGACUGCCUCGAGUGAGCAAUAAUUCACGUUAUUGUAACAUACAAAAUUCAGUGCUGUGUAAAUAACUUACGUAAUUUGUUUCUAAUAUAUUCUAAGGUGAUUAACUGAUGGAAAUUAUCAGCAUUGAUUCGCCGAAGUUCCGAAUAGGAGAUCUGAAGAAACAAUUUACUUCCUUUUUACCCACUGAGCAUAAAAUAUUAAAGGAAAAGGAAGCUAAUGAUCUUAUUACGUCUGAGUUUAGAAAGAUCGUAACUGAUUCAUCAUUAUUCGAACAGCUUGAGAGUGAUUGCAGUUUGGAAAAUUUAUAUUUCGAUGGGGAGUACACGACCCUAGAAGAAAUCUUAAAAAUCAUACCGUCGAGGAAAAAUGAAAAGCAGCUGAAGACUCUGACUCAUUUGCUGAAAGAAACUGAAGGUUUGAAUUCUAGGACAUCAGUCCUCACAGCAACGCAAAGAAAUCCUCGACCACUUGUGGACACGUCUUACCGAAACUCUGUUGAUGAAUCUCCAGAGGCCACAGAAGUCAUUCAGGAUGCAUUUGUGUCCGUUCUUGUUUACCGACCAUUUUGCCUUCCUAGCAUCGAUCCCUGCGCGCAGUCUCGGCAACUAGUCAUUACUCAGAGGUUGGUGCUGUUGUCCAAACAAAAUCUCACAGUCCUAAGGGAAGCCAUAAAGUGUUCACAAGAUAAGGUUUGGCUAGGAGACUGUAGUGAGGCCCUUGACAAUCCCGAGCUGCGUGUUUCGGCGGAUCGAAUUUACCCUUCAUCAUAUUUUUUCAUUGAAGGCACUUUUUAUGAUGAUCUACGGAACCCAAAUAGCAAGAGCCUUGGGGAAGAGGUUAUACAGUGGGCCAAAAGCAAAAAAGAACUUAAGACGUAUGGGCCUUUUACAUCAUCACCAAUGGAAUCAGUGACUCUUGAAGAUCUUGUUAUUUGCAUUGGAAAGCCAUAUUUUUUCGUACAUCAAGGAAAUUGUGAACAUAUGAUUAUCUUUUCCGAUAUCCGGUGGGUUUAAAAUCGCAUUUCUUAGUUCUAGUAUUCCCUUCAUUCUAUUAUACUAGCCGUUUAUUUGAAAUGAUGUUUAACCUCAACCUAAUCAAUUUGUAGACCACCGUUAUCUUAUUGUUUGGCAAAGUGAAUGACCAUUCCGGGAUUUCAUGGGAUUCUUGAGCCCUAGCAAAUGAAUCCUGUAACUCGGUUUGACAUACUUUUCAGACAUUAGGAGGAUCACCACAUAGUUUAAAGAGUGGCUUCAGGGAACUUUUGUGAAUUCGAAUAGUCAGCACUAGUGACAUAUUUGAAAGAAGUCGAAGAUUUGUAUUUAAGGAAUUAUUACUGAGUAAAAAAAGGAAUUUGAUUGUGAAUAAGGUGACACCAAGUCUUGCUUGAUAUAUAAAGGUUGGUGUAACUUCGCGGAAUCGUUCUUGAAGGACCUGAAAAGUGAACCGUCCUUGGGAUAAUUUUGACGACCUAAUAGGGUGACCUCAAAGCUCAAGUAUUUGGAAUAAUCAAUAGUAAAAAGAAAUGAGAGAGAGGAAUAUCGUCAAGAAAUUGUAAAAAAACCAAGCAUGCGAGUUCUUGUAGAUCGCGAUUCAUGUCAAACUGAGUCCUUAUUCCCAAUGCUCACCGGUCGAUGCAGUGUACGUGUAUUGCAUUGUUUCGUUUGCAGACGUCUUGCUUCCCGCUGGAUAGUUACGGAGUGUGGGACCAUUUUACCUGUCGAUCCAUGUCCAAUAUGUGACGUAUGCAUCCGACUAUUACUUUAUACUGCUGAUGGAAAGAAGAUUGAUCCGCGUUUUAGAGUUUUGAUGUAUUGUGGAGAGGAAAAUGUAGUGUAAGGCCUCAUGUAAAUAAUUUGAAAUAAACACUUUCAAAAAACAUUUCACUUUUCACAGACUGAACUCUGAAAUCGCCUUAAUAAUAAUCAUCAGUUGUUUUUCUGUAAAAUUCCGAUAAUUUAGUUAACAAUACAUUGUUACAUAUCCUUGACUGAUAGUUUACGUUUCUACCUAAUUCCUAUAUAUUUCAGACAAUAAAUCCUAUGGGUUUUCCUAGAGAAGAGAAGAACAAUGAACCAACAGCUAACACAAACACACCAAUAGGAGAAUCAAACACAGAUAAAGUUGCGGCUGCUACUUUCGGUGUCUUAGCUGAGAUUUCAAGUCUCUUAAACACAGGUUUAGAUAAUGAAGAAUUGCUGAUGUGCAUCAAACUAAUUGAGAGCGGUGUGAACCCAACUACUCUAGCUUUACUUGUAAACAAUGUAAAACAACAGUGUGAACACCUUUCUGAACUCAAAAGAUAAGUAAAACUUUAAAUCCUGUAUUGCA